AUGCCAGUCAAAUCACCCUUCGAGCCCUCGAUUGCAAAGGCUGGACAAGGCGAAGUGGUCCUCUCGCUCCUCCCUCCUGCGAAUCCUUCUCUGAGCACCCUCACCUACAAAUACCCCCUCAAGCUCCUCACGCGUACCCCCGGCUUCGUACCGCAGUCCGCAUCACCGUCCGCGUCCCAACCGGUCCACCUAUACCUCCUCACAUACGGUGGGGGUCUCCUGCCAGGCGAUCAAAUUGAUGUCUCGAUAACCCUCGAGUCGCGGACAAGACUCGUCGUCACGACACCACAAGGCAGCACAAAGAUUUUCAAGACGGAAACAACCCCAGGCCGAACAUUAUCGGACCAAAGCCGACAAACGCUAGAUGUCCGUAUUGGCGAAGAAGCCGCGCUGUGUUACCUGCCCGACCCAUCAGCACCGUUCAAAGACAGUCGCUACGAGCAGAUCCAAACAUUCACAGUCAAUAACACAACCAAGGACUCUUCCCGAAGCAGUCUCUGCGUCCUAGACUGGGUAACGCAAGGCCGCGCCUCACGAGGCGAGAACUGGGACUUCCAUUUUUGGAAGGGAAAGAACGAAAUAUGGCUACACGAUGAACCUACAGCCCCCUCUGCUCCCAGCAGCGAGCACAACAAGAAGAAGCUCUUACUCCGUGACUCUUUAAUACUCAAUGACGAAACCGCGAGUACCAUCGCCACUCAAGGACAAGAGCAGACGCAGGCGAAUAACCCGGCAAAGUCGCUGGUCCGCGAGCGUACCAGCCCCCAUGGUGUAAUUGGCACUCUUAUCCUCUACGGGCCCGUCUUCGAAAAGCUCUCCUCUUUUUUUGUCGACAAGUUCACGUCCCUCCCGCGCAUAGGAGCCAGGAAUUGGUCGUCCUCCGCCGCCCCGGCUGUGGAAACACCAGAGAACUACGAUUCCCGGGUCACAUUUACGGCAGCGCGGGUGCGAGGGGGUUGUGUCCUGGUUAAGUUUGGCGCGGCGGAUUUUGAGACGGCGAAGGAUUGGCUGGGUGGGGUUCUGAGGGAGGAGGGCAGUGUUGUGAACGAGUUUGGGGAGGAAGCGUUAUCUUGUCUAUGA